CACACACAAACACAAACACACACCCCUCCCACGAAAUUCACGCCAGCCUCCCGAACAUGUAAAUAAGAAAAGUACGUACGUUAAUUUUACUAACAAAUUACUUGUCUCCGCCCACCACAUUCGCAGGUCCAUCCUCGACCCCUGUCGUCGAUAGAGGAAGAGGUUAAGAAGAAAGUCGACUGAAGUACAACACUUGUGUCGAAAAGAAGAUGUCCAAUCCGGGCGCGCAGCGUCUCCUCUCCCGGAGGAGGAUCCAUGUUCACGACUUUCGCUCAAAUUCGGUUUCCAAAAAACAGUUUGAAACCAGCGGCUUGGACUAUAACGACUUUCUCAGAGGUCUGCGGAAGAUAUUUUCAAUCCAUCAACAUGAGAUAUUUGUGCUGGUCACAACAGACAGAACAGUCCUGGAUUUUGACAAGUUUGCAGAGCUUCAGGAUGGUAUUACCCUUUACUUGCUGCACAAUGAGAACCAACCUUUGCCGGCGGCAGUGGAGGAGCAUAUCAAAUUUACGCCACAUUUUGAAACGUUGAUCCAGAGUGGCAUUCAUGAGUACUACGCUAGCGAGGGCAAGAAACCUUUACCCUAUGCACUUGCUGAGCUCAUCGACAACGCUUUGUCAGCCACCGCUAAAAACACAGGAAUAAGGAGCAUAGAAAUAAGAAUGCUUUUUGAUGAAAGUCUUGGGAAACCUGCCGUCGUUGUCCUGGAUAACGGACGUGGGAUGACUUCUAAGCAGCUCAAAAAUUGGGCCGUGUACAGACUCUCUAAAUUUACCCGAGCAAAGAGCACACUUGCAAAUCAGCAAGAGGAGUAUCUUCGUCCUGAUCCUGUCCCUCGAAGUCUCAACAGUGAUAUAUCCUACUUUGGAGUUGGAGGAAAACAAGCUGUUUUCUACAUUGGUGACUCAGUCAGGAUGAUAAGUAAACCAGCACGCUCCCCAGAUGUUCACGAAUUGGUUUUGUCAAAGGAAGAAUUUGAGAGAAAAGAAAAGAACAAAGAGGAUGUUUACGGAGGGAUCAUCAAGAACAGGAAGCCUGGUGACUCCUCGCAUGUGGUUAAUAGCAAUGACCGUUCCAUCCGCACAGUGAUCGCUGAGGAGUGUGGGAAGGAAAGCUUUACAGCCGUAGUGAUCACGGGAAUCCCACCUGAACAUUUGACCUAUUUGAAAGGCAGUUUCCAACAGUGGACCAGAGAUCUAGCUCACACAUAUCACUACUACAUCCACGGAGCCAGUGGAAAUGAUAUGAAUACCAACCUGGAUAAUCUCUCAAAAAUUGAUAUUCAGGUCAACAUGCAGGAAAAGCCUCCCAAAUUUCCUCGUGCUGUAAAUCUCAGGGAAAUUGACAAUGACAUGCAGACUCUGUACAUAAAUGCUGCUGCAGACACAUUUGAGUUCAAAGCCACCACUCCAGAUGGUGGCAGAGUGGAGGGACUUAUUCGGUAUCAUCCCUUCCUUUAUGACAGGGAGACUUACCCUAAAGACCCAUACACCGUGCAAGAGGAAGAUGAUGAAAACGAGGUCGAAAUCCGAUAUCAGACGAGAGUAAAGAGGCAAAUCUUUGAGUGUUUCUGGAAUGGACGGCUCAUACCUUACACCACAGUCUCUGAGUUUGACUGGUGUUCCUGGACAAGAGGAUCAAAGGUGCCUGAAGAGUGUUACGGUCGGUUUUCGGGGGUACUGUUUGCUAACGACAAAUUCCAGGUCAGCACAAACAAGCUCACCUUCAUUGACCUGGAGCAGAAAGUGAAGAGCGCGGACACGAUCCUAACACGUGUUUUGAAUGGACAGGAACAAAGAAACGUUGAGAGGCAGUUUCUGCAGUGGUUACAGUACUGUCACGAGAAGUGGGACAAGCAAGUGAAGUUCCUGGGCUUCUCGGGAAUCAUCACGCGAAAUGAUGUGCCCACUAAGAAAAUGCAGCAUCCCUGGGCAAAGUUCACUGCCAUUGAAUUGGAUGGAAGAACAUACAAACGUGGCAAACGUGUGAAGUCUCAGAAAACGCAGCCCAUUAUGCAUGGUACUAUAAUACAGUUUUUGCUCUAUGGAGAUCAUGACAAAGAUGUCUUUGCCACGGGAGGACAAGUCGAGAUUUCCCUGGAACCCAAAGCACUUUACAACAGGACCAAAAUCAUCCCCAUCUCAAAGAUUGACAGAACGGCUACUGACGAAGGCAUCGAGAAAACCAUUGAAAAUGACUUGAACAAGCUACCAGAAUUGCUACAAGUGGACUGGCCGGAUGGUAACCCUUGGCCACAGAAUGGUGUUCGUCCCGCUGGGACUCCUUUAGGAGCACUCACAGUCAAAAUUCUAAACAAGAAAGGAGACUCCAUGUCAAGGAUGCCACUAGUGGACCAGAAGACUGUGAUCAAACUGAGCAUCAAGCUAACGCUAGUUCAGCACGUAGGUGCUGGAAAUGAUGAAGAGAUUGUCAGUCUUGCUGCCCAGCAUUCAGCCAAGUGGGGUUUCGGGUUUAGAAAGAUUGAGAAACUGACUAACCCGGGGAGUUAUACCCUGUAUCUUACCACCAUCAUAAAUGAAACCAGCGACACAGUGUUUGGAGGCAGAGAACUUCCAAGCUACAAACUCCAUUUUAAAAUCACAGAGGGUAGUGCUGAGGCUUUUGUUAUGGAUGGAGUGAGCUCCACUCUUCAUGUAGGGGUGCCUUUCGACAUUCCUCUGCAGCUAAAAGAUGCAUAUGGAAACUCAGCGAUGCCUCCUUCUGGUCUCAAACCUUUACUUGCAUGCAGUGACCUGGCUCUGAGUUAUGAGACUGUGGACAGCUGCGGGAAAAAGUUGAUCAUCAGAGGUGUCAAAGCAAAAGGAAAAGUCCUGAAUUACCAACAAUCCCAGACGUAUGAUCUAAAAGUGACCCUGCCUGGCCUGAAAAAAGACACACAGACAACCAAGAUCAGCCUUCUGCCUGGUAACCCACACACCCUCCAUGUGAAGGGAGAAGGAAACUUCUUCAUAUUAGAGAAUGGAAACCCUGCCAGGUUUGAUGUUGAAAUUCAUGAUGAGGCUGGAAACAUCACCGCUCACUCCAAGCAAACCGUUCGAUGCAAGGUUGAUGGCCUUCCUCCUGCAGCAAUUGACUGCAGUCGCACAGGAGCAGGCCAGCUUGUGACAAAACCCAUAGAACUUAAAUUUACCACAGGAGAACCACACAUGCUAAGAGUUGUGUUUGAGAUACUUAAUUCAAAAACCGUAGCAAAAGUCUUGGUGCAGUUGAAGGUGAUACCCAGUAAAAGAGUGGUCCUGAUCAAGCUCUGGUCUAGUCAAGGUGAUGAGAAUCUAGAGCUGAAGGACAAGGAAAAGAUCGAGUGGCUGGCUGGAGGCUCACUGGAGAAACUGGUCUAUAAGCUGUAUGAUGAGGCUGGCAGGCAGGUUCUUCUCACUGAUGAAAUAGCCUCUAAGAUCAAGGUCAACUGGACAAGAACUCUUAAUCUGAAAGAUGUUGCACAGGGGAAGCUUCCUGUUGUACAAGUGUCCAAGCAGGUGCAAGAUGAGCAGUUCUGCCUGGUGUCCUAUCAGGAAGAGAGUGUGUCUGUCUCUUUUACGAUAGUACCUCAUCCAGAUGAUCCAGAAAGCCUCAAAGCAACGGAGCUCCAAAACCCAGUGAAGCUGGGUGAAACUGUAUCUGAAAACCUCAACUUGGAACUUGUGGACCAGUAUAAAAAUCCAACCAAGACAUUAACGCCCGCAUGUGUCAACCACAUGACUGUGGAAGCUGAGGGACUGGACAAAUCUGAUGUCACCUUCAAAUGGCAGGAGAGCAGUAGGUCUAUCCAGGUGGAAGGAAUACGUUUCCAGACUGGGACACCUGGCAUCCGAGAGAUGCGCUUCAAAUACUCGAGCUACAUGGCAAAUGUGAUAAUUAAAGUAACUGCUGGAGAUCCUUCACAGCUUAAACUUGUCAGUGGGCCUAAGGAGCCUUUGCAGGUGGUAAAUGACCAUAGUAUCCCCACACCGUUUGUUGUCCAACUCUUUGACAAGUGGGGGAACACCUCUUCAGACAAGAGGGUUGUGGUGGAAUUGAGGUCUUCACUGCCAGCACUGAAGGUGACGACACCAGUUACCUCACAACCAGUGAAUUCAGAAGGAAAAGUCUCUUUCACUGUAGAUAGUGUGAGCGGACCAAAGGGCUCCUAUCAGCUGGACUUUAGAGGUUCCUUCAACAACAAACCCAUUCCCGGUCCAUCAGUGGAUCUCACAGUUUUACCGGAUCCCAACAAACCAGUGAAGCUGUUAGUGGAGUAUGACACCGCAGCCAAGAUUCGUGCUGGAGGCACCUUCCCAGUGUUCUUGGUGACUGUGAUGUCAGAUGAAGGAAUCCCAAUGACAACUUUUAACCCAGCUGCUGUGUCCAUGUUUCUGUGGGAGGGAGAGCCAUCAGAACAUCACAAUGCCACUGAGCUCAAGUGUAGUGUGCCCAUGAAAAAUGACAGGACAAACUGUUUCCACUUUAGAGAUAAAGUAAUCCCAACACGUACCGGAAAGUGCACCAUCCAGUUUUCUCUGCAUGUCGGCCAGACAGAAAACCUGCACAGUGAUCAGAUACCCAUAAAUGUGGUGGCCAAUCAGCCUGUCAGACUGGGACCCACCGUCCAGCCACCGGCCCCAGUUGUUUCCUGCAGCACAGACGUUGCCAGUCGCACAUUGGUGAACAAUUUGACUCUGAGGAUCAUGGACUCCUAUGAAAACCCAGCUGGACAGGACCUGCAGGGGAGGGUGGUUGUCUCAAUAGCAAGUGAUGAUAGCAGCAAAAGUACCCCUCUGUUUGAUGGAAAACUUAAUAGAUAUCACAUGAAUAUGGUGAAAGGAGAGGUCCACAUCAGAAGGUUGUCCAUCAUGGAGAAUAGCCCCGGUGAGAACGGCAGUCAGUACACUCUCCUCUUCAACCCGGAAGUGCCUGCGAUUCCCACGCCUUUGGCUCCUUUCAAGCUCACCUUCCAUUUUUAUGUAGAUGCGGUGAACCAACAGAAGAUGUCUGGACUGCUGAAGAAGAAAGAAGAUCUCAGUCUCGCUGUAGAGAAGCUGAAAGAAGUAUUUGAUGAUUAUAAGGGACUCCUUGAAAUGCUCAGAAAACAAUACCUCACUGCAGUUAACAAAGCGGUUGUUAUCAGAGAUCAGCUGAUCCAGAAAAAUGUGGGAAUGCCAGAGUCUCCGUCUAUUGCUGCUAUUGACACACUCUUGAUGGAGAAGACUAAUGAAAGUGAAGCGCUUCUGCAAGGACAGAAUAGAGUCUGCUCCGUGCAAGACAGCUUCAGUGGGCAGCAGGAUGUUUUGGGAAAGAUCGGUCACUUGGCCCAUGUGCAAGAUGAUGCUGCCGCUAGAGUCAUCUCCUGGCACAUUCGGGGUGACAUGGAUUGUGUCGUCACCAGAACAUUGGAGGCAGCUGAACGGAUCCACAAAGACACUGGGGGCAGGCAGCAGGUCAUGGCCCUCGAGAGCAUGUUUAGGCCACAAGUGAGCAGAACAUUGCCACACAUAAGAAAUGGCCGGAUGCUCUUUAAUUCCGUUGGAAACCCGGUCCACGCAAGAGAACACCUGAUUUUCCUUCAGGACAAGGAGAGCUGUGACAUCGUAUUUAAAAACAUCCUCAGAGACACUAUUCUGAUUGAUGACCUGCACUCUGGGAACAACUACAGACGCUCGGUGGUGCGGACUGGGAUUCAAUGUCCCACCAUACUGACCAGGCAGGGGGACAGGAUCAGUUCCAUGGGCAAGUUUGGAGGUUUGCAGAACAAAGCCCCAUCAACAAACUCAUUCCCAGUGUUUGGAGCCCCACACCCCCCACAAUACUACAUUCUUCAGGAACAAAAAGAACUGCUCAGUCAGUACCGGGCAGCUGUGGAAAAGAGUAAGGUGGCAGAAAAUGAUCAUAAUGACUACUUAAAAAUCAUGAACUCUUCCGACACAAAGAAAAAGGAGGAAGAUAUGGUGAAGAUGAAGAAGCAGCUGGCGGAGAUUGAAAGGCAUCUUGAUUCCACACCUGGACGGCCAGCGAAACGGGGAGCUGGUGAGGCUCAUGGCAUUGAUAGAAAAAGAGCUAAAUAAAGAUCCACGUCAGGAUUGGUGAAUCCAACAUCCAACAACUCUGUUCAAUCAAAGCCAAACCAAUUUUAUUUUAUUUUAUUUCACAUUCUUUUUAUUUCAACUGGAUUGUUGAACUUGUUUUUUAUUUGUGUGUUUUAAGAUUUUUUUUUACCAUAUAGAAAACCAUAAAAAGAAUUACUGAUUUACUGA